AUGGACCCAAGAUUAGAAGAAGCAUGUUAUACUGCAAACCUGGGCAUGCUCCACAGCCUCCUCAGAGAAGAGAAGCUUCUCCUUCACAGGCUUAGCAGCAGCAGCAGCAACACUGCAUCCAUUGACAACCCACUCCAUAUAGCAGCUUCACUUGGGUACGCUGACAUAGCAAAUGAGCUCAUCAUUAAGAACCCCAGAGGCCUCCCAGCAUUGCACUUGCACCUAAAGAUAAUUAAACUCCUGAUCUCAAAUGUUGGCUCUCAUUUUUGUUCUUUGAAAGACAAGAAUGGAAAGUUAGCUAUCCACAUUGCAGCCAUGAAAGGUAGGAUUGACAUUUUGGAAGAACUUAUCCAGGUAUGCCCACAGUCAGCAAGAGCAGUAACAUAUCAAAGAGAAAGCUUCCUCAACCUUGCCGCUCAGUUUAACUCCAUUGAGACUCUUGAGUUCUUAGUGAGGAAGCUUGAAGUUGAUGAUGAUAUUAAUGAGCUUUUGAACCUCAAAGAUCACAAGGGCAACACCAUCUUACACCAUUCAGUAGCCAGAAGACAACUCCAGAGUGUGAAGCUGUUGUUAAGCAAAGAAGAGAGGGUGGAAGUGAACGCCAUGAACCACAUGGGUUUGACUGCACUUGAUGUGCUGCUAGACUCACCGAGAGAGCAUGGUGACUUGACACUCGGUGAAGUUAUACGUGCAGCCGGUGGCAAAAUGGCAAGCGAAGUGGAUCCUCAUCAACCAUCCUUGCAAACCAACACAUCAAUAUCAAAUGAACCUAGUACUACUUCUACUACUUCUACUACUACUACUACUACUACAAGAAGCUGGAGACAACGCCGCAGUUACUCCAAACUCCAACAAAAGGGUAAGAAACAAAACAAGGUUGAAGAUAACUACACUCCUGGGCAGCUAAUGGUUGUUGCCACCUUGAUUGCCACCAUUACCUUUCAAUCAGGAUUGAACCCACCUGUUCCUGAUUCUAAAAGGGCGAAACUGGAAGAACCGAUAAGUAAAAUCAAGCGGAGCUUGGAGUUCCUUUCAACCAAGGAUGUUGAGUUGGGUGUCUCUUCGGAGCAUACUUCCUCUCUGGGAGAUAUCUAG